AUGUCCCAUUUGCUUUUUUCCAAGUUUUUCCUAUGUACACUAUUAUUAUGUGUAGUACUAAAUCUUUAUGAGAGUACCUCUUCCUCUGUAUGUUCCGACCAUAGAAUAAAUCAAGAUGUUUUGACAAACAAAUGUGGACAAACAUGGAAGGAACGUAUAUCGUCUCCUUCGCAGAAUAAGAACCUAUCCUAUUCCACAAAAGUUGAACAACAGAACGGUGUUCUGGAAUACACUACUCAGAGGUAUGGCGACCCAAAGUACAUUUAUGAGCAAAAUUCUGUAAAAGGUACGCUGACCCCCAAUGGAGAUGUUAACAGAGUUGUGUCGAAUGAAUUGGACAACGUUACCAAAUUACGGAAUAUAUACUCGUACAGUGGGAACAGUAUAAAAGAAGAUGUCAGAACAAAUAACGUCCAGGAAAAUAAACCACCACAACAACCAGAACAACCACAACAACGGUCAACAGCAUCACCAUCGUCAAAACCUCCAAGACAAGCAGUACGAGCACCACCACAGCUGCUACCAUCAACACAACCACAAAAACAAUCACAAAAACAAUCACAAAAACAAGCAGCACAACGGUCAACAUCACCAGCAGCGCACCCUGUGGAUACAUCAAAGGGAGGAGAAAAUCCAAUACCUUCCAUAUUAAAUGAACUAAAAGAAACAUUAUUAAUAAGACCACAAGUAAUUGAAACCAAGUUAAAAAACUUAGAACAAGUUCUUUUAGAUAAAAAAUUAAUAACAGAAUCCAAAUUAAAUGAAGUGAAAGAAGUCUUAUCAGAUAGUGAACUAAUAGGAAAAACAAAAAAAAAAAGGAAUGUUUGGAAAGUGUUGAAGGAAAAUUUUCUAAGCAAUCCAUCUAUAAGAGAAUUAAUGUUAAAGGAAUUAGAGGACAUUUUACUAGGAAAUGAAUUAAACACUGAAUACAUUUUAAAGAUAUUGAAUAAAAAUAAGUUUAGUAAUAGAUUAGCGUAUUUGCCUCUAUUAAAUAUAUUUGGAAGAUUUAUAAUAUCGAAAAAAUUAAUGGAAGAAUCAAAAUUAAAAGAAUUAAAAGGAGUUUUGUUAAGUGACAAACCUAUAACCGAACCUCAAUUACAUGAAUUAAAAGUGUUUCUUGUGGAUAUAUUAUAUAAUAUUUCUAACAUCAAUAAUAAUGUAGAAUCACAGAGAACGGAUGAUCAUGAUGAUCACAUGAUUCGCGCGGUUCCUCGUGAAAUAGAUGCGUACUAUUUUUCAGAACGUUUUGAUUCGACAAUCCAUGUGGAUGAGCGGUACCCGGACCAUCACUUAUUGCAAAAUGUGCAUUCCUUCAAAAAUCGUAACGAAUUUCCCAGAACAGAAUCGUUCAACGCAGAUCCUUUUGUUAGAAGGGCCAAUUUGAAAAGGAGAGAGAAUUUAACCCUGGCGGAAGAUCGUUCGCGCAGAAACAUAAAGAAAGAUUCCAUCUAUAGAAAAAAUGUGUCGCAAAAAGCGGAUUUGAUAAGAAAAAAUGAACUUUUAAAAAAAAAAUUUCUGAGUCAAGCUGAUUUGGUACGGACAAGUAUAUUGAAAAGGGACAAUACUAUUUUUCUGCCCCAAUAUAACGACCCCAUAGAUGAUAAUCCAUCUAUAGACAGAAGGGAAAUAUUACAAAGAAAUGAGUUAAUAAAGAAAAUCCCCAUAAAAUUGGAAGUCACACCAAAAGACCAAUUACCAGAAAAGGAUGUAGCAGAAAAGGUGCAUGUAAACAUCGCUCCAAAAGACCCACUACCAAAGAAGGAUGGGCCAGAAAAGGUACAUGUAAACAUCGCUCCAAAAGACCAAUUACCAAAAAAGGAUGGGCCAGAAAAGGUACAUGUAAACAUCGCUCCAAAAGAUCCAUUACCAAAAAAGGAUGUAGCAGAAAAGGUACAUGUAAACAUACCUUUAAAAGACCCACUACCAAAAAAGGAUAUGGCAGAAAAGGUACAUGUAAACAUACCUCCAAAAGAUCCAUUACCAAAAAAGGAUGUAGCAGAUAAAGGGGACAAAAACAAAAUAGAACAAAUCACAAAAAAGAAACAAUGGACUAUAGAAAUACAUAUGAGUGAAAAGAAGAAAAAUGAUGAAAUAAUAACGAAUAUAAAAAAAGAAAAAAAAACCACUAUUAUAAGCACACAUAUGUGUGAGAAAACUAAAAAAGGUGAACUCAUGGACGACAUCCUUGCUUCUAAAAAUGAAGAUGAAAGAAUAGGAAAAGAAAAAGUUGCAAGCAGGAAAAAAUUCAUUGUAGAUGUUCAUUUACAAAAAAAAGAGAAAAAAGGGAAACCAGUAAUAAAGGAAAAAAAAUGGAUGAUUAAAGCAAUUAUGAAAAAUAUUGUCCCAAAGAAGGAGUUGGAAGUAUUAGAAGAAUUACCUGGGUCCCGUGUAAUUGAUGUUAAUGUGAAAGAUCCUUUAUGCCCACAAACACAAGAGGCUAUUUUUGAAAGUAUUCUUGCGAAUCCUUUAACGAAACCAAGUAAAAGAAAAAGAAGAAUUCGACUUUUACGAAAAUUGGCUAUUUAUGGAAUAGUGCCAACCCUUGCUAUAGGAGCUAUAAUAGGAUUUACAAUAGGAUAUAUCCAUGUAGCGCCCAUAGAUGUUGUCUUAGAUGCUGCAGCUUUAGGUGUUAGAACAACUGUAAGUAGCGUUGCACAGGGGGUACCCCAAGUGGCAAGUACAGUUGGACAGUGUGCAGUGGAGGCAGCGAGUGCAACAUUGUCGUCCAGUAAUUCAUUUUUCACUAUAUUUUCAAAUGUUUUAUUUAAUACUGCGAAAUGCGCAUUGAAUAGUACAGUAGCUGCGGCAGAGGUCGUUGUUGAAUCCACAUUUAACGGUGCUGCUGUAGCUUCUUCAUACGGUACAUUAUACGGUGUAUUGCAAGGAUUAUUCCCAUCAUUCAUAGCUGUUGGAAUUCUAGUCCUUAUUUAUAUUCUAUUCUUAUACCUAGAUGAAAGAGGCAAGAUGGAAUGGUUUCAUAGAUAUAGAAAAAAGUUUAUAAAAAAAUUAAAGAGAAAAUAUAAUGAAUUUAAGAUGUCCAGGCAAAGGAGAAGGAGAAAGUGGUAUAGGAAAUUUCUAUCUGAAAUGGAUAAAUAA